AUGAUAAACCAUGUCCGUCGGUUAUGAUUCGGGUUUGGAUACGACAACUGUAAAAUCCAGAUCAAAUCAAGCCGUUGCCAUAGAAGAAACCCUAAACAGAAACCCAGAACCCUUGGCCUUUGUCAAAAACGAAGAAGAAAAGAGAGUAGCAGCACAGCAAGCGAAAACCACUGCGAUGACUUCAAGGGAACAAACAAUGAAGAAUAUCCCUCUUCUGCUGAUUGGCUGUGGAGGGGUUGGACGUCAACUCCUCCAGCACAUCGUCUCCUGCAGAUCCAUUCAUGCUAAACAGAAAUUGCACUUGCGAGUUGUGGGAAUAUGCGAUAGUAAAACGUUACUCGUUCCAUUGGAUGUGUUCACCAUGGAGUUAGAUGAUGCCUUUCUUCUUGAAGUUUGUCAGGCCAAGUUGAAAGGCUCUUCUCUGCUGACAGUUAGUAAUUCAGGUCAACAUAAGGUGUUUUCGAACCCAGAAAGUAUGGGAAAAAUCAUCGACAUUGCAGCCCUUCUGGCUAGAUCCACAGGUUUGACAGUCAUUGACUGCUCUGCCAGUUCUGAUACUACCGGAGUGCUCAGCCGAGUGGCAGAGUUGGGUUGUUGUGUUGUGAUGGCCAAUAAGAAGCCUCUUAGUUCUUCUAUGGAGGAUUAUGAGAAAUUGCUUGCAUGCCCACGUCGCAUUCGACAUGAGUCAACUGUUGGUGCCGGCCUCCCUGUCAUAGCAUCCUUAAACCGGAUGCUUUCAUCUGGAGACUUGGUUCACUGUAUUGUCGGGAGCUUAAGCGGUACACUGGGGUUUGUAAUGAGCGAGGUAGAAGAUGGAAAGCCGUUCAGCCAAGUUGUUAGAUCUGCAAAAAAUCUUGGUUACACUGAACCAGAUCCUCGUGACGAUCUCAGCGGGAUGGAUGUAGCAAGAAAGGCUUUGAUCCUUGCUCGACUUCUUGGUAAGCGGAUUGUCUUGAACGACAUCAAGGUUGAAAGCUUAUAUCCUGAAGAAAUGGGACCAAGUACAAUGUCUAUUGCAUCUUUUUUGGAGAAUGGCCUUCCACUGCUUGAUAAAGGCAUCCAAGAGAGGGUUGAAAAGGCUUCUUCAAAUGGCAAUGUGCUUCGUUAUGUUUGCUUGAUUGAUGACUUAAGGUGUGAAGUUGGCAUCCAAGAGCUUCCAAAAGACACUCCUUUGGGAAGAUUGAGAGGAAGUGACAAUGUGUUGGAGAUAUCAAGCAGGUGUUACAAUCAACAACCAUUGGUUAUUCAAGGUGCUGGAGCUGGCAAUGAUACUACUGCAGCUGGCGUCCUCGCUGAUGUCUUUGAUGUUCAAGAUUUAUUCCACUGACAAAUAUUUUUGGUGCUGUAGUUGGAAUCAUCUCAGAGCUGUAGUUGCUUGAUUGUAUGACUCAUCAAGGUCACUGAUAAGGUAUCGAACACCGAAAACAUUGAGUUGAGAUUAUUGUACUGAUAACUUGUGGAUGGCACUA